AUGUGUUUCUUUCGACGUGUUCGUAAUCACUAUAAGCGCUGCGGGCAUUACAUCGAUUUGCCCGAUGAAGAGGUCAAAUGCCAAGACCGUUUCUGCAAGUUCAGCACCGCCCACCCCGAGGACUGUGUCCCUCCGGAAUGUACCAAGACUUGUUGGCAAUAUCACCAAUUCCCACAACAGUACACUCCUGUUAUAGACACCUAUUGCCCCGUCUGUGUUGAGACUGGCGUCACCAACUGAACGUCCACGAUCGACUGAUGUUCUGUUGUGUGAAUUCUUCCACUAAGUCUGUGACGGCCAUAGUGUACUGCUCGGAACUGUAGAGUAAUCAAUCACGAUCUUGAACGUAAAGCUAGUGUAUUUGGUUAAAUUUAC